CUCAGCCCACUGGGGCCACUGCGCGGCCCCACUAUCAGUGUUGGAGACCCCCCCCCGGGGGGGACAGCGGUCCUAAACCCUGGGGGCCUCAGAAGGGUGACCCCUCUCCCUGCAGCCCCACAAGCCCCCCCUACCCCCUACGAUGGUUCCCUCCAUCACAGAGAAGCCAGAGUCUUCACUCCAGGUCCCCGCCACCAUCAAGGACCUGAGCAGCUUCUCCUGUCCAGCUCCCUGUGGGGCCUUCCGCCUCUCUCUCGCCAGCCCCCAGCAUGCAGGCCUCCCGGACCCUGACCCCCCCACCCAGCCCCAGCCAUUCCCCCUCCUCCUCCGGCCCUAGGCCCUCUGUUGCAGGCCACCCUCCAACCACAGGCCUGGUCUCUACCAAGGCCAUGGCCCCAAAUUUCCGCCGCAUGCACAGGAUCAUUGCUGAGGACACCGAGUGGUCGCUGGCCAUCGUGCCCCUCCUCACGGAACUCUGCAUCCAGAACAUCAUCAGGAACUUCCAGAAAAACCCGAUCCUGAAGCAGCUGCCCCCGGAAUACCAGCAGAAGGUCCUAAGCCAUCUGCCCCCUGACCUGCCGCUGGCUGUGACCGCCAACCUCAUCGACGACGAGGGCUACUGGCAUCGCUGCUGCGUGCAGCGCUGGCCCGUGUGCCACGUGGCCCGGCAUGGCGGCAGCUGGAAGCGCCUGUUCUUCGAGAGGCACCUGGAGGGUCUGCUGCGGUGCUUCAUCCCUGGCACCACGGACCCCAGCACUGUCCUCGACCUGCUGCCCCUUUGCAGGGACUUCGUGCGCAACCUCCGCGUGGACCAGCUCCUCCCGCCUGUGCGCCUGCCGCCUACGCCCCGUAAAAUGGGAGACCAGUCGGACUCGGGCAGCGAGGGGGAAGCAGAGGAAUCUAGCCCCGACCACUACCCGCUGGGCCCUCUGGUGGCCGGCCUGAGCCAGCUGGAGGAGUUGGACUUGGUGUACGGCGUCAAGGACUGUGGCAUGAACUUCGAGUGGAACCUCUUCCUCUUCACCUACCACGACUGCCACUCCCUGGCGGCCACCGUCAAGGCCUGCCACACGCUCAAGAUCUUCAGGCUGGCCCGCAGCCGCGUGGAUGACGACAAGGCCCGCAUUCUGAUCUGCAGCCUGCUCAACCACCCGGCCCUGGAGGAGCUGGACCUGUCUCACAACCUCAUCGGGGACCGUGGGGCACACGGUGCGGCCAAGCUGCUCAGCCACAGCCGCUUGCGUGUGCUGAACCUAGCCAACAACCGAGUGCGUGCACCCGGGGCCCAGGCACUGGCUCACGCCCUGGCACACAAUGCCUAUCUUCUCUCCCUCAACCUGCGCCUCAACUGCAUCAAGGAUGAGGGCGGCCAGGCCCUGGCGCACGCCCUGCUGACCAACAUGUGCCUCACCACCCUGCACCUGGGUGGCAAUGAGCUGUCGGAGCCCACGGCCAUGUUCCUGUCCCAGGCCCUCGCCGUCAACACCUCCCUCACCAGCAUCAACCUGUCCUGCAACCACAUCGGGCCGGAUGGUGGGAAGCAGCUACUGGAGGGUGUGGCAGACAACAAGACCCUCCUGGAGUUCGACUUGCGCCUGUCGGAUGUCACCCAAGAGAGCGAGUACCUCAUUGGCCAGGCCCUCCAUGCGAACCGGGAAGCUGCCCGCCAGCGGGCCUUGAAUCCCAACCACUUUGUGUUGCCAGUCAUUGCCAAUGACCCUGGGAAUUCUGAGGCAUAAGGUGCGGGCAGGGCCGGGGCAGUGACUCCAGCCCUGUCCUUCAUGCCCUGCACUUGCCAUGCACUCUACUGCUAAGGGUCACACCGGUCCCGAGGGAGGGGAGGGGGGACCCAAACACACUCAGAGGGAACGAUCAAGGGAUAAAUGUAUAAAGACGGAAGGUAAGGAGGGUCCUAAUAGCAGAGGAAAGCUAUCAAAGUGGAGACCCAGCUGCAGGGCCGCGAAAAGGGUGUCACUAGACCCCUGAAAAUGACCAACUUCUUCCAGGAAUUAGGCAGGCAGAGGACCCAAGGGAAUGUACACGCUAGACUCUCCCAUGCACCCUGUCCACAGAGGUGAUUCUCCUCCAUCUCCCCACAAUCCCAUCUACUGAUUGGAUCCUCAACCUUCACACAUGUACACACAUGUGUGCAUAAACACACAUGCACACAUUGUGGCUAUACCACAGUGAUGCUUGGUUCUUCCUGCCACACUCAGCCUACAGAUGCCACCUCCCCAUUGCUCAACUCUGCCUGAUGUGACUCAGUUCUGCAGGCCACACCACCUCCUAAUGCUCACGUGCUGUGUAGGAAGGGGACUCUGGGGGAGAGGGAGGCGGCCAUCGAUGGUGGCAGCUGGGGAAACACAGUGACACUCUUGCUGGAGAGGGGAAGAAGUGCCACACCAGAGGGGACAUCGGUG